AUGGUAAAGCAGUCAGCAGUCCAGGCUAAAGUGCCCAUAAAGAAUGAGCUCAAUGAAUCCCAGCUCAACUUCUUCAUGAACAGCAGUACCUCAGACAAGUUCCAAAUACAGCUGCUCUUGUGCACCUCCAAGGCUGACUGCAUGGCCAUCAAGUGGCCACUCCUUAUUCCUGACCUUUCCUCGAUCCAGGAGAUGAACACACUCAAAGCAAUGAGUGUCUUCGCCCACUGCAGUGUGCCUGAGAUCAUUACUGCUCUGGCUUUAACCUUUGACCAGCUCAUCACCACUUGGAAGUGCCAGGACAACAUGGAGUACUUUGCACUUCUGCCUCUGGAGAGCAUGCAGCCCAUCAAAGCUGUGAUGGAUUUGAGCCACCUUCACCUGCCAUCAGCUGUGGCCUGUGGACUCAACCUCAACACAUGGACCAGUGUCACUAGCAGUGCCAUGCUCAAGCUUGACAAGGAUGACCACCACCAUGUCUUGAGGUGCCUCAUGAGAGCAGUGCCCAAGUGUUCCUUCCUCUAUGUUGUCCUGCUUGCCAAGCAGAAGCCCUUUGCUGACAUUGCCAACCCCCCGGUGCUUGUGCAUGGCAAUGGCCUUGUCAACAAUAAGCAACACCAAGGUGCUCUGGUUGUGGAGAACUGGAAACAGGAGGCCAUGAAGUUUGUUGGCACUGAAGGCACUUGGAUUGUUGCCUGCCCAAGCACCAAGGCUCUCCAGGAGUUUAUCAAUGAUCCUGGCUCUUAUAUUGAGGACAUGCACAUCCUCAUCAUUACCUACAAUGCACUGCCUCAGGCAUGGGUUUGCAUACCUUUCUUUGCUCAAGCCAUUGCUAAGCAGCUGUUCUUGUUUUCAAUGUGCCAAGUUGCACAAGCCAAUCUGGCAGUGCAUGUUGUUUGGGAUGAGCUGCAAAACCUCAAGGAUGGCAAGACCAACUGCUUCCAACACGCCCAUCACACCAUUGGAUUGUCUGGUACCUAA